UUGUGGACCAAAAUUGAAAAAAUUUGUGUUUAAGUCAACAAUUUUUAUACCGAAUGAUAUGAUUUUUCACAAACAGUUAAAUCGAGUGCAUUAGACCAAUGAUAAUACUUAAUGAAGUCCGAUUUAGUCAUAAAAAAAUUUCAUGAGUUUAUAAUAGAAUUUAUGCAAUGGAGAUCAAGGUAGAAAUAUUCCUACAAGUUAAAUUUUGAAUACAAAAUCAAGAAUGGAGCAUUACGUAAUUGAUAGUAAUGAUAUACAUGAAUAUUAUUCAAUUAUCUUAGUAUAAUAUGAAAAUAAUUAUAAAAUUAUGUUGAAAAACUUAACUAUUCCAAAUUUAGUAAAAUUAUUUUGGAGUAAACACUCACAUUUUAAAAUAUAAAAUAUCUCUCAAUUGACACAUUUAUUUUUCAAUCUUAUUAUUUUAAUCCAAGUUAACUGAAUGAAGGCUUCCUAAAUACUGAGCUCUACACGAACUCCAAUAACUUCGUUAGAUGAAUAGGCCUGAAUGAUAUCAAAUGCAUUGUGUGAAUCAGUCAACAAAAUAUCGAGAAGGAUAAGAAUUAUUGGAAAUAAAACAUAAGUAAUAUCCACUAAUAUAAUAUACCUUGGUUUAUUUUAUCUAUAAUGAUUUUGCAUUAAUUAAGGUCCUAAUCCAUUAGAUAAUUUGUAUUUAUGAUUGAUUAAUCUAUUUAUUUUAAGGAUGAAAUCAUUUGUCUAUCCAAGCACAAUAAAAGUUUCGCAAAAAAAAGCGAAUAGGUAUACUAAAAAAUUUCGAAGAAAACUUGUUUUUUUUCGAACAUUCAGUGAAAGUUAUCUAGAGUUUGACUACUUUGUAUAUUCUUCAGAAUUCAACCUGAUUACGAAAUUUAAAAAAAAUAUCGAAAGCCCAAAUCGUCAUUUCCAUUUCAUACAACUCAAUCAAAAAAUGUUCAAAAUUACCUUAUCUUCUGUUAUAUGAAUAAAUAAAUUAUAAGUUGUGGUACUUAACCCAAUAUGUAGCGAACAUUAAUGAAGAAAGCAUUAAAUUCAGUGAUAUUGAAACAUAAUCAUGCAAGUUUUUUAGAAAUUCAACUUUAUAAGCGUUAAUUUCUCGAACAGAGCACAAUAAUAUUUCGUGUAAAUGGCAUUUCUCUCUAGAUGCCACCGUAAAAUGAUAACUCUUGAACGGAAAAACCUAGAAAUGUUCAAAAAACGUAUUUAGAAUGGCGCGGCUGAAAUCGGACUAGGGGUUCCGUAAAUAUAGUCAUUUGAAUUUUUUUUUCUUUAUUUUCCAAACUAUAGAUUGGAUCGAAAUGAAAUUUUGAUUAUCUAGGAUGAUUUAUUAUUUAUUAUUAUUAUUGUAAUUCUCAUCACAGUCACAAUUAUACAAACGUUUCGGGAAGAACCGUUUCCAAUGUCUAAAAAUAAUGAUAAAUUACAAACAUAAUACAAUCAAAAAAACAAACAGAUAGAGAUCCAUUACCUCUUUGAGUACUGUAAUAAAUAACAACUUUUAUCUGUUAUUUUUGAGGGACAUUUUGUGGAGUAAGGUGAGUUGUGUGAUAUUUAAAUAUGGUGUAUAAUUAUUAAAAAACGAAAGGAAACCUGCAAAGUUCCCGAUUUUUACCGUCUUUCUAAAUAUUUCUGUAUUUAGGUAUUUUUUGAAGUAUUGAGAAUAAAAUUAACUCAAUGUAAGUACAUCACACAAAAUUAAAAUUUAAUAUAUUUUUUAAUUACAGAUGUGGAUAAAGAUGAAAUAUUAGCAAUGAGAAGUAGGUUCCCAACUAGAGUACCAGUUAUCGUUAAAAGAUUCUCCAAAGAAAAGCAUUUACCUCAGCUGGAUAAAAAGAAAUAUUUAAUACCCCAAGAGGUGACCAUGUCAGAAUUUCAAAUGUUUCUGAGAAAUAAAAUGGAACUUCAAAGUAACAGAUCUAUGUAUCUUCUUGUUAACAAUAGAUCGAUGCUUAGUCUAUCGACGACCAUAGCUGAAGUAUACCAUGAGUAUGCUAACAACGAAGGAUACCUUUCAAUAACAUACACAUCUCAAGAGGUAUUUGGUAGCAGGUCUGCGGAUUCAAUUGAAAAAAGUUCAAACUCGAAAAUAAAAUACUGACUGAAGAGUUGAUAUAAUAAAAUGACAUAAAAAUAUGACUUAGUUAUGAGUUUAAAGACUGUUAUUUAUAUGUUUUUGUGAUUCAUUUCUUUUUGAAAGCAUAGUUUUAGCUUUGUACUGAUUUACUAUAUUUUAAAUAGGUCAAUGAAAUGCAAAAUUGAAAUUAUUAUAAUUACUGUCCUAUCACUUGUCAAAUAGUUAUUAAAGACUGAUUUCUGUUUGAAUCUGGCAUUAAAAAACAACAACCAAAAUGAGUUGGGAUAACAGAAAUAAUAGUGUUCAAUACCUUUGAACAAGUUGUGAAUUAUUGUAAAUUGUUGCUUCUAUAAAUAUUUAUUGUGUAUGGCAGUUCUACUUCCUCAUGCAUUUUUCAUUUUGUCUCAUUCAUUAUUUAUUGAAUCAAAUAUAUUUCUACUUAAGGGGUAGUAGAGCUUUAUAAUAUUAUACAUAGUGCUAUUAAAAUUGUUAAAUUCGAUUAAAAUGUUUUCUAUAAUUAAAUGUUGUAAUAAUUUUUUACUUAAUCAAAAGAUUUAUAUUUCCCUUUACUUAAAUUACUACUACAGUGCUCGAAAAAAUCUCUAGAUGUAGAAACUAAUUUUUAGAUUUUCUGAAUGAAUGAACCCCAAUUUUGUUCAAAGUUUCAUAUGCUCAAAACGUAACAUCUUCGAGAUAUUUCGAUUCGUCAUAAAUUGGAGGGUCUUUGAAAAAAUCUAAUAAUAUUGAAAAGAAUAAAUUUAUUCUAUUGAUAUUUUGAAAGUGAAUACCAAAAGAACGAAGCUAUACUGAAUUUUUAAUA